CUGCACUACGGGACCCUCCUGGGCAGCAGAGCUUGUGUCCACAUGGCAGCAGCUGCCUGCGGCAGUGGGUUUCUCAAUGCUGUGCUGCACACGGCAAAUACAUUUUCAUUACCACUCUGCAAGGGCAAUGCUGUGGACCAGUUCUUCUGUGAAAUCCCCCAGAUCCUCAAGCUCUCCUGCUCACACUCCUACCUCAGGGAAGUUGGGCUUCUUGUGGUUAGUCUCUGUUUAUCAUUUGUGUGUUUUGUUUGCAUCGUGCUCUCCUAUGUGCAGAUCUUCAGGGCCGUGCUGAGGAUCCCCUCUGAGCAGGGACGGCACAAAGCCUUUUCCACGUGCCUCCCUCACCUGGCCGUGGUCUCCCUGUUUCUCAGCACUGCCAUGUUUGCCUACUUCAAGCCCCCCUCCAUCUCCUCCCAGUCUCUGGAUCUGGUGUUGUCAGUUCUGUACUCGGUGGUGCCUCCAGAGAAGCUCAUCUCCAAGAAGGAGAAGCUGCUGCUGCUGCUGCUGCUGAGAAAGUCCGAGGGGGAGGACAGCCUGUGA